GUUUUUGAUUCUUGGUUUGUGGAUAUGGAUUAUACGACAGGUGAAUCAUUGGAUGCAUUGCAUUCAGCAGAUAUGAAUUCUGAUUCUGGUGAUUUUGAAUGCAAUAUCUGCUUUGAAUUAGCUCAAGAUUCUAUUGUAACUCUUUGUGGACACCUUUAUUGUUGGCCAUGUCUUUACGAAUGGUUACAAGUUCAUUCACAUUCCCACGAGUGUCCAAUAUGUAAGGCUCUCAUAGAAGAGCACAAGUUAGUUCCAAUUUAUGGACGAGGCAAAGCAAGUUCUGACCCAAGAACUCGGUUAAGACCAGGAAUCAAUAUUCCUAAACGUCCAGUAGGGCAGAGACCUCAAACCGCUCCAGCUGUAGAUAUGGACUACCUCCGACAUGAUGAAUUUGAUUCCAUAGGGGGGCUCAUGUCCAUGCCCAUGCCGAGUGCAAGGUUUGAAAACUCAACAUUAUCUGCUCUUGUUGGAGCUAUUUCAGCUUUGUUUAGUCUUAAUAAUGUACAGGGAUUUCAUGAUGCUACUGUUUAUGGGGCGACUAGCGGAGUUCCAUACCUCUUUUCUGGUUCAUUUCACGGAGGUUAUGCUCAUGGUUUCCAUCACUCUAACCACCUAGAUUGGACAAAGUUCUUUAUGAAGGUGCUUUUCUUGAUCGUCGGUUUCCUCUUAAUUGUUUCCCUAAUUUCAUAAAUAUAUAAGUGUAUAUCCUAUAGUGUGCUAAACCUGCAUAUGUGUAGUAAACCAGUGCAACUUUCUUGCACGUCGUUAGGAUUUAGGAUUAUGU